UAAACUUUUACUAAAGCAGGAAGCUUUUCAAGGGAGCCAGUCAGUGCUCAGCCAGAAGGGGAUCUGUCUUGACAGGGAUUAUUUUUAAUCAUGGCGAGAGCACAGCUGCUGUUUCUGGCUCUUCUUGUCUGGUCUGCUAAUGGAGCUGGUAUUGAGGAUAAGCAAGGACCACUAAAAAAUAUACACUUGGUUGUGCCAGAAGCCACACCAGUGCCAUAUCCAAUUUAUCAGUUUACAUCCACAGCAGAGGGAGUGUCCUCAUACUCUGUGAGUGGUGAGACGGAGGGGAUAAUUAACAUCUCUAAUGAUGGUUGGCUGUACCUUGAAGAAGCGCUAGAAUGGAGUCCAGAUAAAAAGCACACUUUAUAUAUUGAGGCACUUUCAGCUAAUGUUGUCACCAUAGAUGGACCCUACACCAUUGUUAUCAUAGUUGAGGAUGCCAACAACAAUCCUCCCAUUUUUGAUCAGAGCCAGUAUAGUGGAAGUGUCAGAGAGCAUUCACCUGCAGGAAUUCCAUUUAUACGUGUGUUUGCCAAGGAUGCUGAUGAUCCAAACUCGCCCAAUUCACACGUGACCUACAGCAUUGAGAGCCAAAUCCCAAAUCCUAGUGGUGAAGCUUUCUUUACCAUCAACCCAAAUACUGGGGAAAUUUCUACCACAGAUGAGGGAGCUGCAUUUCUACGUGCCAGAACUGGAGUGAGUUACAGUCGUGGGGAAACACGGGGAGAUGUUAAUGUUCUGAAGAAAAAGUUUGAUGAAUUCUGCUCUCCAAAGAAAGAAAUACCCCUUGAAGACAACCCUUUCUUCACUUGUGUCCAGCAUUCAGAGAAGAGGCGACUGAAUGCCAUACAGGAUCCAGACUACGUUCUCAUUGUGCGAGUGGAGGAUUUAGGGGGUCAGGCUCCAGGUGCACUAAGCAGCAUCACAAGGGUCAGCAUUGCUGUGACUCAGAAUCUAUGGUUUAGCCGUGGACCAAUCUCAGUUGUGGAGAAUUUAAAAGUGGACUACCCCAUGUUGCUCACCACGGUGCGUGCCAAUGACCCUAAUGCACUGUACAGGCUGAUGCAGAAGGAAAAAGAGAUCCUUUUUCCUUUCACUAUUAAUGAAGAUGGAGAGAUUUACCUCACUGAGCCAAUGGACAGAGAGAAAAAGGACAUGUACAUCCUGGUAGUCCUGGCUGAGGAUGAACAAGGCGUCCAGCUGGAAACUCCUAUGGAGAUACAAGUUCUAGUGGAAGAUGUGAAUGAUAACGCUCCUAAGUGUAUCGAAGCUGAUAAUGUGUUUGAGGUGCAGGAGAAUCAGGGUGUUGGAAGCCACGUCGGAGAUCUACUGGUUCAUGAUGCCGACAAGGAGAACACCCUGAACUCACUGCUGACUUAUGAGCUUUUAAGCCAGAGUCCCACCCGUCCUUCUGAUGGAAUGUUCAGAAUAACCCAAACAAAUGGAAGGAUCCAAGUGGCCAAACAUAACUUCCGGAGGAAGGAUGUCCCACAAUAUGACCUUGAGGUUUUAGUUACAGAUGGAGUUCACAGCACACAGUGUAAUGUUAUCAUCAAAAUCAUCGAUCUCAAUAAUGAGGUCCCUGUCUUUGAGAAGAAUGAUUAUGGGAGACACAGUGUUCCGGAAUUAGCUGAAGUGGGGACUAUUCUGCUAACCAUCACGGCUACAGACGAUGAUGAUCCAGGGACAGGCAGCUCUAAGUUGGAAUACCACAUCAGUGCCGGUGAUCCCGACAAUGUAUUCGCCAUAGAUGUUGUUGAUGCCACUGGAGAGGGCAAACUCUACAUAGCCCGGCCACUGGAUUAUGAGGUUCAAUCUACCUAUAAGCUUCAAAUUGAUGUUCGUAAUCCUGAGCCGCUGAUCGAGGGAGUGGAGUAUGAUAAUCGUUCCACCACGGUUGUUGUCAUUGAGCUGGUCGAUGUGGAUGAGCCUCCAGCGUUCACUCUGCAAACUGUGAAUGUCAACAUCCCAGAAAAUAUCACAGUAGGAACCACCAUCCUGACCGCUGAUGCUAAAGAUCCAGAGGGACAAAAAAUCAUGUUUAAGAUGGAAGGAGAUGAUCUUGGCUGGCUGGAUCUGAAUGCUGAAACUGGGGAGUUAAAGACUAAAGCAGAGUUGGACAGAGAAGUGGUGGAUAAACUGAAUGUCCGAAUCAUUGCCUACGAGUCAGAGGGACAGAAGCAGCAAAGUGAGAGGGAAUUGUCCAUCCAGCUAAUGGAUGUAAAUGAUAAUUACCCUAAGCUACUGAAGACUCAAGGAUUCAUUUGUGUGAAAAAGCCAGAGCCCUUGCUGCUGACUGCCGUAGACGGAGAUGCUGAGCCAUUUGGAGAACCCUUUACUUUUACUCUGCAACUCCGCAAAUCUCCCAACUGGGAGAUCACCCCAGUGAACGGCACCUCAGCUAAGCUUGUGAUGAAGAAGAAGCCCAGCACUGACCAGACAUUCAACAUCCCGGUCAACAUCAAGGACAACGCAGGGGUAGGGGUUACACAAAGGCUUGAAGUUCGAGUAUGUAACUGCACUCAGCUGGGUUACUGUUACGUGGAACCAGGAUCACAUGCCUGGAAGUUUGGCAUGUUUAAUACAGUGGCCAUUCUAGUAGGAGUUAUGGGAUUUAUCCUUUUGUUCCUGGUUAUUGUAAUAUGCCGCAUCAAGAAAAGCGAGAAGAAGAAUAAGGAGGAGGCAGCGUUGGUCGAUGGGGAAACCAACGCAAUGCUGUAGAUGCUAUGCUCAGUUACACACACUGGAUUACUUAUUUCAGUGUUGAAAGCCAGUGAUCUUUUUAAAUCAGUGGAUUGUUUGGUUCUUAGUUUGCAUGUUAUUUGGCCGGUAACUUAAAGUAAAACUGUUGGGCUAAUAUAUAUUGAAACUCUUCAGGAUCAGAAUGAUCCUGUUAUAAAGAGAAGGUGCCAGAUGUGGUGCAGGUUACUCUCCUCUGUAGUGUAUUAGGCUCUUUAAAAUCUCCCAACCAAAUUACAAAUACAAUUUUAGCUAGCUCUUAGAAUAAAUGCUUUAAAACAGAAUUCCAAUUAGCCAAGGGUUUAAAGUAACACAACUGCUUCCUAUCAUAUAAUCUCUCCAGCUGUAUUUCCUCACUGAAAGGGCUAGUUUUUAAUGCUGAUGAUUUUGUAUACUGAUUUUCUGUUUUUUUUUUUUUUUUUGUGUGUGUGUGUGUGUGUGUGUGUGUGGUAAGUGAAGGGUUGUACCAGGUUAAUCUGUGCUCUGUUAGAAUGCACCUGCUUGUAGUAUUAUAAAUACACUAGAUACUGUAAUGCUGUGUAGAUUUAAUAUAUUUAUUUUCAUACACAUAAUCAGUCACAAUGUAUAAAUAUUAUUACCCUUUUCCCCUCUUAACUCAAAAAUAAAAUAGGAAGCUAAGCUCUACUGUACUACAUUACGUGUAAGCAGGGGAUCUGUUUUUUCUAGUAAACAUCUCAUUUGACAGUGAA